UUAAACCAAACCCAGAAUCACUCUACAUUGCCGCCCGACAUCCACGCGGCCAAGGUCACGGCAAUCUCCCUGAUUCCGCCCUCCCCGCGCUUCGUCGCACCAACGGUUCAAUGUAGAGACCUGCCCUGAUACCACUGAUAACUCUUAGGAGAACCACACCUUAAAAGCUAGCCGUUAAGGCAGGAGAGCCCUAGCGCUAUUAAACCACACAUAGGAAUCCUAUAAUUCCAAUGUGGGAUUCAAGUCCCAUUCCUUAACAUUUACAAUCAUUACAUAAAGUUGAAUUACAGCUUGAUCAUCAGAAACUUCCUGCAUUCCACUUCAUUUACUAUUUGUCCUUUCCUUCUGUGCAAUCUCUUUGCGUAACGUAAAUCGAAAGCUUAUUCUUUCCAAGAAGAAUCUGAACUUAUCGGUUCGUCUUCGUCUCCGUGUUCUUUUGCAAUACAGAAUAUCAAUGAUAUUCAAAUCCUACAUGCAAUACGCCUCCGAUUGCUGCGAUACCAGAGAAAUGAUGCUUGUUUGUUUACAUUGUUUGUGAAACUGAUGGCAUCAAAAGGAUAUUAUCACCAUUACCAGAACGAAACAAUGGAUUUGACCUAUUCUAGUAGCGAUGACAACAACUCUGAAAUCUCUUCCUCUAUUUACAUUCACAUCAAUGAAGCCGUAUUCUGUUCUUCAUCGCAAUCCACGGCUUUCGUGUUGGCCAUCCACGACAGCCGGUGGUCAGCAGCACGAGCUCCGGCAGACAUUCCGCCGGACGCCUAUGAUUUAACUGCCCGGCCAUGUGGUUGUCUGGAGAUCAGAGAGGAUAUAAGUGUUAAUUGUAAUGAGAAGCCGUUGAGGCCGAGAUUGAACUUGACAUGGAAAAACCUAACAGACUACGAUGUCUGGAUGAAUAUUUGGAGAGAAUUGAAGAUUUUGAUAGUUCAAGAAGCUUCUAAAUGGCUGAGUGUGAAAUGGUUGUCAGAAAUCAUUGCCCUCCUCCCGGGAAGCCCUUCAGUUCAAAGCUUCCUGCUCAUGUCAUUGGUGAUGUUAUUCAGGUAUACGAGCUUGUGCAGAAUUUCUCUGAAAUAUUAGGUAUUCAGGAGGCUCUAUCAUUUAAAAAAUUCGAAGAGGAACUUACCGGUUCAGGGUUUGAUCUCAAUGUGACUGAAGAAGUUAAAGUAUCAACACGAGGAUCGGAUAACUCGAAUGGCACACUUCUGUGUCAUAUUCAUACACAACUUCUGAAAUUACUAAUGCAUGAGAUGCAAUUACCCAUGAGAAAGAAAGGAACGGGACAUGCAAAGGGAUGCCAACUACAUGUCCUUGUUAACGAGUUAACCUGGCCAGAAAUGGCACGGAGAUAUGUCUUGGCACUUUUGUCCAUUAAGAGGAGCCUUGCCUCUGUUGUGAUGAAUGACUCAGAGAAGUCCAAAGUUUUCCGUUGCUUGCAAGGCGAUGGCAGAGCACUUCGUGGCUCCAUCACUGGGGUUGCGGCGAUUGUAGAAGAUGCAAAUGUGCUUGUGGAGGCUAUAAAGAGUGUUUUUGGUUCUUUGGACACAGAAAAUAAUAUUCAACAUGUACAUAGAGGUAGUUCUAGUACAACAGAUGCUGAAAUUUUAAGCUGGUCCCAAGAGUUGGAACCUGUUAGAAAAUUGCCCACUAAUGUGGGGUCUAAAAUCAGGGGCUGUAUCCGUAAAGCUUUGGAGAAAGGACCCCCGCUAUGGGCAAAAGAAAUCCUUGAUGUCUCCAUCAGUGAGGAUAUUUAUAAAGGCAAUGCAUCUGGGCCCACAAAGAAACGUGUGAUUUUAGUUCUUGAUAAGUUGUGCGGCAAAAAUUUGAAUCAACAGCCUGAUAAGGAGAGAAUCAAUAAGAAGUCCCUGUUACAAUCAAACGUUAUUAUGAGGCGUUGCCAUUUUGCACUACGUUGUUCCCUUGCUGACGACCGAAAGAAGGUUCUGUGCAACUUGCUCAGUGUGCAACUUCUUAAGUUUGUUGAAAAUACUGUAGAAGGGAUCCUUGAAUCUCCAGUAAAGAUGUCACAUCCUCUAGAUUUCAAGACUAUUGAUGUGCGACUGGAAGUUGGGGCCUAUGGCACAUCUUAUGAGGCUUUUCUUGAUGACGUUCGCCAGGUAUGGGCCAACUUGCGCGUUGUGUAUGCCAAUAAGCCUGAACUGGUCCAGUUGGCCGAUAAAUUAUCUGACAAAUUCGAACGUCAUUAUGAAAAAGAGGUCAAAAGUCUAUUCCAAAAAUAUGGUGAAUAUGCUGAAUCGGAUUACACCAGAUUGAAUAAGGAAAUAGAUGAUAUUCUUACAUCAUCAAGGGAACUUCCAAAAUUCCCAUGGAAAGAUGACUCAUGCAAAGUAUGUGGUAUUGAUAAGGACAAUAAGUAUGUUCUACUGUGUGAUAGAUGUGAUGAAGGAUAUCAUACUUAUUGUCUGGAACCGCCUCUAAAAAGAGUCCCAGAAGAAGACUGGUUCUGUGCUCGCUGUGUGGAGACUAUUGAAGAAAGUGCAGAAACAACUGAUGAUGCACUGCUUCUUGAUGUCUUUAAGGAACUUAAGCCUUUGGCUGCCACAAUGACACAAAAGGAAUACUGGGAAUGGAGCUUAGAUGAGAGAGUGUUUCUGCUCAAGUUUCUUUGUGGUGAAGCGUUAAAUUCAUCUGUCAUACGUAAACAUCUGAAACCCAACGAAUUGUCCUUAAGGAAAGAAUGUUUAGGUGCUGAUUCUUCUGGAAGAUUGUAUUGGAUACUGUCUGAGCCAAAUAAACUUCCAUUCUUGAUUGUUUACCAGACAUUAACAUUUCCCGAGGGGUUCCAAAUGGAAACAGACUCAGUUGAAGAAAAUAUGAACAAUCAGAGUUCUGUGUCAUGUCCAUGGGUGUCAUAUCAAUUGGAAGAAGAAAUAGAAGAAUUGUUGGAAUGGUUUAACGAGCAAGAUGAAGGAGAAAGUCUGUUGAAAGAAUUAAUUCUCGACUGGAAAAAAUCAAACUUGCACAAUCCUAAGAAUAAUGAAAAUGAAGGGAAAAAAUUGUUAUAUGAAAGAAGAAAUAACUUCUUGGGUAUGAAGGCAUCUUCCUUGUUAGCUGCUAGAUGUUCUCUACCCUAUGGUUUAGAAACAACUGAAAGUGACAAUGAAAAAGUGUCCAACGGUAAGGAGCCCAGUUCUUCAAUUGCACACGAGGGGCGAAAGGAGUUCUUGGAGAUUGCAUUGAAGCCAAAAUUUGACAAGGCUACUACAUUUUUAAUGCAACUGAAGAUUAAUAUAUUGGAUAUAGAGACUGCACUUCCCGAGGGUGCUCUAAUCAGAUCAAAGUCUCAGAUGGAGAAAAGACGAGCAUGGCGUGCUUUUGUUAGAUCUGCUGCUAGAAUACAUCAGACAAUCCAAGCAGUCAUAGUAUUAGAAGACAUGAUCAAAAUAGAUUACUUGAAGAAUUGGUGGUGCUACUGGUCAUCUCUGUCGACGGCUGUUAAAACACCAACGUUGUCUGCUCUUGCCAUGCGCGUAUAUUCCCUAGACGCGGCAAUUGAGUAUGAGAAGGAAUGUGGGCCAGAUAAUCUUAAGAAGGGAGGAAAAGGAAUACUACAUAUCUGAAAUCUCCUUCAAAAUUUUCUUUCAUUUACUGAUAUCAUGUUAUUGGGAUGACUUUCUAGACCUUUGAAUUGUAGUGACAAAAAGAUUUACUAUAAAUUUAUUGUGAAAAGAUUGUUCUUAUACAAGGAUUUUGGGAUUUUGUAUGUUCUUACU